UCUGAUCGCGGUUCCAACAUGACUGUGGAUUUCGCCGACUACUUUUGGGGCGAAAAGAAUAAUGGAUUUGACGUGUUAUAUCAUAACAUGAAGCAUGGUGCAGUUGCAAGCAAGGAGUUGGCUGAGUUUCUAAAAGAACGAUCAACUAUAGAAGAAAAUAAUUAUAAAGUUCUGAGUAAGCUAGCUAAACAAGCUGGCAGUAGCAGUAGUAUACAAGGAACAUUUGCACCUGUUUGGGCUGCCUUAAGAGGUGCAGCAGAAAAGCUAGCUGGUUUGCACUUGCAAAUGGCCCAAAGGGUCACUGAACUAAUAAAAGAUGUAUCAAAAUAUACAGAUGAAUUGCAUAAAAAACACAAGGCUGUAAAAGAAGAAGAAUCAUCCACCUUGGAAGUUGUACAAAGUAUUCAGAGUAUCACUGUGACUUUACAUAAGGCAAAAGAUAUGCGUAUGCAAAAAGGGCUUGAAUUAGAAAAAUUGAGGAAAGACAAUGCUAGCCAGAAAGAAUUAGAAAAAGCAGAGAUUAAAUUUAAAAAAGCACAGGAUGAUUACAAAACUUUGGUUGAUAAAUACAUGAUCAUAAGGAAUGAUUUUCAAACUAAAAUGACACAGGCAUGCAGGCGGUUUCAAGAUGUGGAGGAAACACACUUAAAACAUAUGAAGGAGUUCUUAAAUAUUUAUGCAGAUGUUUUACAGUCAAAUCACGAACAAGUUGGUCAGGUUCAUAUUGAUUUUAAACGGCAGUGUUUGGACAUGACAGUGGAUAAAUUACUAGAACAAUUUGUACAAAGCAAAUAUACAGGUUUUGAGAAGCCAGGUACAUUCGAAUAUGAAGAGAUCAUGACGGGUUUAGGAGAAAUGACCAGUCAUUCCCAAAUGGAAAGCAAUGUUGAAACACCUAAGGAAACAUCAAAAGGAGCAAAUGGAGAAACAGGCGUUGCUGGUAACACUCACAGUUCAAAAAACGAUCGGGGAUUAAAAGGGGAGGGUUGUCAGGUGGAUGAGGAAAAAGGGACAGUACAAGAAAAAAAAAAUGAAAGACUGAAUGAAAGAGAUAGAGAACUAUCACAUGCACAAGCCACCAAGGCUUCCCGCCGUACUGCCUCGCUACUCAACCUGUUCAUGUCCAACUCCCAGGACAAACAGAAGCAAGCAGGGUCUGGUUCGGCACCUGCAACUCCUCAGGGGAACAACCUGCCUCCUGCUGUUCCACCUCCCAGCAUCUCCAGGAACCCUCUCAGAGGAUCUAAAUGGUUUCUUCGCAGCAGAAGAGAAAAAAGAAAGGAAAAGAAGGCGAAAAAGAAGAAGGAUAUUGUGGAAACGAGUAGCAACAAAGAAGAAAAGUCUGACCUGGAGGAUAAGGAUGACAGUAGAAAGUCUGAAACACCGACACCAGAAGUAGAUGAGGAUGGUUUCUGUAUUAGACCGAAAGCAGAGCCGUGGGAGAAUGAAAAAGGAUUUUAUUCUAGCUCAGAUACCGAUUCCGAAGACGAAAGGGAACGAAAGAUUCGGGUGGAAAUAAAACCACUUAGCAAUGGCGGAGCACCGAUGAGCGCCAGCGUAGACGAACUUAGGGCGACAGUGGAAAAUUUAUCUUUAUCGCCUGCACCGACGGGACGCAGAGGAUCGAAUACCGACUCAGAUCAUCAUAUGAAAAGGUCUCAGUCAGUGUCACAGCAAUUAGGAGGUAAGCCAAGCUCGGAUUUACUUGGCCUAAACUUGUUCAAUCCUAGCAGUACACCAUCGAGUGCUUCAACGCCAACUGGUAGUCAUCCGUACGCGUCAUUGCAAAGUCCUCCGCCACUGUCUUUGUCACCGACGCCUCAACCACAGCCGCCACAAUCCGCACCACCUACACAUCCUCACCCACGAUUCCCUGAUGGAGAUUUAUUUUCGGAAGUGGGAGAUAUCACUCCGGCCUUACCCCCUAAACAAUCCGCGUCCUCCACUCCAACAGGUUCUAUUAUCAUUCCUAGACCGCCGUCCCGAAGAGGAGAAGGUCCUUCACCAAGGGGUAGAAUGUCACCGGCAACUAUAUCUAGAGCUGACAGCGUGGCUAGCUUGGAGUUCCGUACAGCCGGUGUUGGAGUUGGUUCUUCUAGGGGUCCAUCUCCGCUUACGAUAGGACUCGCAGACACUAUUCCUUUAGCAGUUGCCUUCCAUGAGAUAGUACACUCUUAUUUUAGAGGUACCGAUGAAACUCGGUGUCAGGUAAAGCUCAGUGGAGAUAUGAUGCUGUCCUUCCCUGCCGGUAUUGUCGCCGUGCUGGCAAAUAAUCCAAGUCCUGCGAAGCUAACUUUUCGCGUGCGAAAUAGUAAUAGAUUGGAAAAAUUGUUCCCUAAUAAUCAGCUCGUCAGCAUGGAUGUUACACAAACAACUGUCGACAGUACAAUUUUUGAAUUCAACAUGAGUGCCUUAACUACGUUGUUACGCAAACAGGCUGAGCAAAAUCCCUCGGCUUCGUAUUUUAAUGUAGACAUACUCAAAUAUCAGAUCAAGUGCAAAGAGGGCGCAAGUUCAUGUCCUUUUCAGCUGGUUGCCUAUUGGAAAUGCGAAACGACUCAUACCGACCUUAAGAUUGAUUAUAAAUAUAAUAGUCGCGCUAUGGCUUCUCCGAGUCCAUUGUUGAACCUCCAUGUGGCUGCACCCAUAGACGGAGGUUUUAAGUCACUGAAUAGUAAACCUCAGGCUCAGUGGUUAUCAGAGACGAAUCGAGUACUGUGGAAGUUCACAGAACUAUCACAGCAUAGUGAAGGUAACGGUGUAGGUUCUCUGAAAGCACGAGUAGAACUUGGGCACGGGCCAGGGAACCAAGGAACUAUAUAUACACAGUUUAAUUGCGAAGGGACCACAUUAUCUGGAGUUGAGUUCGAGCUUCUAGGCCCGGGAUAUAGAUUAAGUUUAGUAAAGCGUAGAUUUGUAUCUGGAAAGUAUAUUUGUGACGGAGAUUCUGACUCACGGAGUAGAUACGCUGCUCCGCCAUCUAAUGUGGAUUGACGACUUCCAGAAUGGGCACCUCAGUGGGAGAGUUUGCCCAUUUAAUAUUGGUAUUCGCUUGUUCAUUCACUGCCCAUACCACGACUAAUGUCCGUUCACUUGUUCGAAAUCGGCGUGGGGAAGCCUGUUGGAUACCAAAGAAUGUGUGCGAUACAAUAUUAAGGAUAUAUAGUAGAUGGAUAAUUUGUACAGAAGCCGUGGUGCUGCGUGAUUUCAAUGUAGCAGGAUGUAAAGUUUACUCGCUUUAUGAGUCAAAAAGAAAACAAGGAAGGAUAUUGGGUACGAGAAAGGUGUAAGUGGAGGUCAUAAAAAUCUUCGUGAACCAGGAUGAGUAUGCUAUGAUACAUGAUCCUAGGUGAAGAAAAUACUUGGAUAGCAAUGUAACGAAAAACAUAGUUGGACUUCGUAAGUCACUCGCUACCUGAUGAAUGACGUUCUAUGUGUUUUAUAACUUGUAUAUUUUUCAAUUUUUCUAUAUAUUCUCGAUUAGAUUGUACUAUUUUAGUAAAGUUUAUAUGUGAUGCGUAAACAAAGUGUAACUACGAUGACGACGGCGGCGACGAUAACGACAACAGAAAUGUUUAAGCUGUUGGGGAGUAAGUAGCCCAUUUUCGCAUAAAACCUUUGGUGUCCAGCAUAAUUUUCGCCACGAUACU